AUGUUGCGCUCGCCUCGCCGCGAGGCGUCGGAAAACUUUGUGCACAUCGAGCUCAACAGCCAUACGAAGUGCCAACCCACCGCUCAAGAAGCCUGUCCUCUCGAAGUAACCGCAACAAUUAGCUCUACAGACUAAAACCUCGAUGCACUCCAAAGACUGACCCUCAGAAGACCACCCCGAAGUGACGACCAUCGCCUGGAUCGUUUCCAGCCCUUCAACCUUGUGGAACAGCGUCUCCUUUGCCAGGUAUUCGACUUCGGCCCGUAAUCGGAUCGAGAGCGGCGAGAUGGCCCCCCCGCCAUCCUGGACUCGCGAACCGACGGCGCAAAUCGCAGCGAGCAGGAACGGCGAGCGUUUGCGGAUCGAGUCAUACGUGUCGUACCGUGGGUCGAAGCAAGCGAGUACUCGGUGCGAUCCCGAGAAGUACCUAUGA